AUGAACCCACAGCUUUCAAUAUAUGUGAUAGAUACAAAAAUAAAUAGACUGCGCGGCGCGGCGUCUACGGAACCCGCCGCGCCUCCAUGGGCUCGUGGAGCGCUUCCCCAGCCGUCGUGUGGCUCGGCCCGCGCGACCUUGGCCGGGGGCGCGCGGGUCCGUGGCGGGCAGGCGGCCGUGCUGAGGCCAGGGGUGGUCGGCAUCGCCCGAGCUCAACCAGCCCGGGAGGGCAGAGGUGGGACGCGGCCCGGGCUCCUUUCCCUGCGUUCGGCGGAUCCCCGCGUGUGGUCGCGGGCCCUGCAGCGGCAGUGCCACACGGGAAUAUCAGAAAUGCAACUCCUCGGACCGCACCCUGGACCUAGGCUGCAGGAGUCGAGCCCUUUGGGUGAAGAAAACCGGGAGGAUAUACUGAAUGCCAGUGACAAAUUAACAGAGGUUCUUGAAGAGGCCAACACUCUGUUUAAUGGAGUGUCCCGAGCGAGGGAAGCAGUCCUGGAUGCCCAUUUUCUCGUUUUGGCUUUAGAUCUGGGCAAAGGGAAAGCAAAGCAGCUGCGUUCAGAUCUGAACUCCUUUGAUAUGUUAAGAUAUGUGGAAACUCUGCUGACACAUAUGGGUGUAAAUCCGCUAGAAGCUGAAGAACUCAUCCGUGAUGAAGAUAGUUCUGAUUUUGAAUUCAUAGUCUAUGACUCCUGGAAAAUAUCAGGCAAAACAGCAGAAAACACCUUUAAUAAAACCCAUACAUUCCACUUUCUUCUGGGUUCAAUACAAGGAGGGUUCCCCGUGCCAAAGCCACGAACCUAUCGUCCAAGAAAAAAUCCUAAGGCAGAAGUGAAGCAGGCAAUGCCUGACCAGUUACAAAAAAUGGAAGCAUCUCAUCAAGAAGCAACAGAAAAAGAAGUAGAAAGAAUUCUGGGAUUGUUGCAAACGUAUUUUCGAGAAGAUCCUGAUACUCCUAUGUCCUAUUUUGACUUUGUGGUAGAUCCACAUUCUUUCCCCCGAACGGUGGAAAAUAUCUUUCAUGUUUCCUUCAUUAUAAGGGAUGGUUUUGCAAGAAUAAGACUAGACCAAGACCAACUGCCAAUAAUCGAGCCUAUUAAUGACGAAAGUGAAGGAAUUGACCAGAACACCCAAAUUAGGAAUCAAGGAAUUAUCGCUUUGAGUUAUCGGGACUGGGAGGAGAUUGUGAAGACCUUUGAGAUCUCAGAGCCUGUGAUUGCUUCAGGCCAGAGCCAGUAGAGACUGAGCACCUUAUGCCUGACGAAGGACUCAGGUGGAUAGUAAAGUCCAAAAAUGGAAAGCAGCAUGUAUUGUAUAUAUUGUAUGAUUAAGCAUUUUAAAAGACAGAUUGCUUUUAGUAAAAUGUAGCUUUUGAUA